GUUUUAUUUUUCUUUUUUAGAAAACAAAAUCACGGCAUCCACCAUUGUACGACAUGGCUACGCUUCACCACCAUCGGCCCAUUUCACUUUCCGUUCUCCCUCCUCUCUCCCGGCUGAGACCUUCUUCGCCUAUCCCCGCAACGCUGUUCUCGCGCCCACCGCUCUCCGGACUGCCGUGUGCUCCGAUAUCUGCUCGGGCCAUCCGCGAUAAGCGCAUCCUUGGACCCGUCCGUGGAUGCGCGACCUCAGAUUCCGCGAUUUCCCCCGGACCUCCACCCUCGUCGAGGAUCUUUAUCAAAGGAUUAUCUCGUUCAACAUCUGAGGGAUUCUUGGCAAAGACCUUUUCAUCCUUUGGAGAAGUCAAGAAAAUAAAGAUAAUUACAAGCAAAAGUUCGAAACAGUCUCUGGGACUUGCAUAUAUAUGGUUUGCCCGUGAACAAGAUGCACUAAUGGCGGUAAAGGAGAUGAAUGGAAAGUUUCUUGAUGGCAGGUUUGUUGCUGUCACAAUUGCAGAAGCUGAAUCUCCUUCUAAACAGUCAUGAUUGACUGGGCAUCCAUGGACAUGUCUAUUUUCCAAUUUUUCAAUCCAAAUAUUUCCUCAGAGAAAGGUGGACAGGGAUACAACUUCAAUGGUGGCAUAGCGUCACUAAUCAGUUUCACCUUGUGUCCCACAAUCUUAUCCUGGUCACAUCAGAAAAAUUGCAGAAUACUGGACCACUAGAUCAAACAGGGAUGCUGAUGCAGCUGAUUGGCCUCUUAUCUGGGGUGGUUUCUUCUCGUGCAAAUCUAAGGUGAAGUCUGUGUUGUUAAUUGCACACAUAUAAAUGCAUACAUGAUCAAACUUCUUGAUUUUUUGGCUGUGGGUUUUCAUUUCAGAUGUAGUGUUUAUGGAUUUAAACUUCUUGAUUUUUAGUUUACUGAUGCUCAAACUUUGGACAAGACCUUAUCAGAGAAUUUAGUAUUAGAAGUCCAAGUCACUCAGCAUAACUGGUUCCCUGGUGGAUCUUUCUAAAAGACCCCUGGGGUUUCCAUGUUUUAUUGUUUUGGAGUUUUAAGAACUGGUUUGGCUGCUAUAACAUCAGUCCUGCAAUUAUUCAGUUCUUGAGAAAGCAGCCUGAGCUUCUUGCCUUGGAACUUUUGCACCUUCUUCCUGGCAGUAGAGUUGACCUCAUGAACAUAAACCCAUGUUCUGAAGUUAAACCUGAUUAAAGUGAGGUUAAUCAAGUUAAGAUAAUGCAAAGUUGAUGCACAGGUAAGAUUUCAAAUAUGCUUGGCACUGGUUUAAACAGGUAUCUGAUAUCAGUCACUAAGAGACUUAGUUUCUAAGCAAUAAGAAGUGAGUCCUGACACACUUGCAACUGUAUAUAUAAAUAUUAAAUAGCUAAAUAUUUUAGUGGUUAAUGUGUCUCAACUUGAAGUUUCUACGAGAGUGUUUUAUCAUAUGGUGCUCCUAUAUUUAGAACAUAAGAUUUAAUGAGGUAAUCAAAUCUUCUGUCUUUAUUAAGAAUGAAGAUGAGACACAAGUUUAUUUAAUUUGGUUUUAGGUGUAUAAUUCUUUGGUUACAAAUACUUUUUGUAGUUUUGAUAUGUGAUGUACAAUCUAUUUUUCUAAUAUAUUGCCUUAUAUGAACACUAAUUAUCAUGUUUUCUUGAUAAUGUGUAUAUUUAUUCAUUCAGUCAUGAUUGACUGGGCAUCCAUGGACAUGUCUAUUUUUCAAUUUUUCAAUCCAAAUAUUUCCUCAGAGAAAGGUGGACAGGGAUACAACUUCAAUGGUGGCAUAGCGUCACUAAUCAGUUUCACCUUGUGUCCCACAAUCUUAUCCUGGUCACAUCAGAAAAAUUGCAGAAUACUGGACCACUAGAUCAAACAGGGAUGCUGAUGCAGCUGAUUGGCCUCUUAUCUGGGGUGGUUUCUUCUCGUGCAAAUCUAAGGUGAAGUCUGUGUUGUUAAUUGCACACAUAUAAAUGCAUACAUGAUCAAACUUCUUGAUUUUUUGGCUGUGGGUUUUCAUUUCAGAUGUAGUGUUUAUGGAUUUAAACUUCUUGAUUUUUAGUUUACUGAUGCUCAAACUUUGGACAAGACCUUAUCAGAGAAUUUAGUAUUAGAAGUCCAAGUCACUCAGCAUAACUGGUUCCCUGGUGGAUCUUUCUAAAAGACCCCUGGGGUUUCCAUGUUUUAUUGUUUUGGAGUUUUAAGAACUGGUUUGGCUGCUAUAACAUCAGUCCUGCAAUUAUUCAGUUCUUGAGAAAGCAGCCUGAGCUUCUUGCCUUGGAACUUUUGCACCUUCUUCCUGGCAGUAGAGUUGACCUCAUGAACAUAAACCCAUGUUCUGAAGUUAAACCUGAUUAAAGUGAGGUUAAUCAAGUUAAGAUAAUGCAAAGUUGAUGCACAGGUAAGAUUUCAAAUAUGCUUGGCACUGGUUUAAACAGGUAUCUGAUAUCAGUCACUAAGAGACUUAGUUUCUAAGCAAUAAGAAGUGAGUCCUGACACACUUGCAACUGUAUAUAUAAAUAUUAAAUAGCUAAAUAUUUUAGUGGUUAAUGUGUCUCAACUUGAAGUUUCUACGAGAGUGUUUUAUCAUAUGGUGCUCCUAUAUUUAGAACAUAAGAUUUAAUGAGGUAAUCAAAUCUUCUAUCUUUAUUAAGAAUGAAGAUGAGACACAAGUUUAUUUAAUUUGGUUUUAGGUGUAUAAUUCUUUGGUUACAAAUACCUUUCGUAGUUUUGAUAUGUGAUGUACAAUCUAUUUUUCUAAUAUAUUGCCUUAUAUGAACACUAAUUAUCAUGUUUUCUUGAUAAUGUGUAUAUUUAUUCAUUCAGUCAUGAUUGACUGGGCAUCCAUGGACAUGUCUAUUUUCCAAUUUUUCAAUCCAAAUAUUUCCUCAGAGAAAGGUGGACAGGGAUACAACUUCAAUGGUGGCAUAGCGUCACUAAUCAGUUUCACCUUGUGUCCCACAAUCUUAUCCUGGUCACAUCAGAAAAAUUACAGAAUACUGGACCACUAGAUCAAACAGGGAUGCUGAUGCAGCUGAUUGGCCUCUUAUCUGGGGUGGUUUCUUCUCGUGCAAAUCUAAGGUGAAGUCUGUGUUGUUAAUUGCACACAUAUAAAUGCAUACAUGAUCAAACUUCUUGAUUUUUUGGCUGUGGGUUUUCAUUUCAGAUGUAGUGUUUAUGGAUUUAAACUUCUUGAUUUUUAGUUUACUGAUGCUCAAACUUUGGACAA